AUGGGUAAAUUUACAUUAAAUAAACAAUAUAAGGAUGAUAGUGACUCAAAUGAUUUUUAUUCAGAAGAAAGUGAUUCCGAUUCUGAAGAAUUUGUAAAUCAAAGAAUACAAUAUUUAUCUGAAUUUAAUACAAACGAUGAUGACAAUGCAUUGGCUGGUGCAAAAGAUAAUAAUAAUGCAUUAGACGAUGACAAUGCAUUUGCUGGUGUAAAAGAUAAUAACAAUGCAUCAGCUGGUAUAAAAAGUAAUGAUUCAUCGGCUAGUGCAAAAGAUAAUAAUAAUGUAUCGGCUGGUACAGAAAAUAAUGAUUCAUCUGCUGGUGCAAAAGAUAAUAAUAAUAUAUUAGCUAAUGAUUUAAAAAUAGGUUUUUUAAAUAAUUGGAAUGUUGAAAUAAAUAGUUUAUAUUUUAUAGAACCAUCAAUUUAUGAAAUAAACGAUAAAAAAAUAACAUUAGAAGAAGAAAGUAUAAGCGAUGAAAUUCAAGAUGAUGAUAAUCAUAAUUUUAAUCAAAAAUUACAAAAAUUAGAACAAAUUCUUUCUAGUUAUUAUAAAAAACAAAAUGUAUAUGAUUAUCUAAAGUAUCAGUCUAUACAUGCAUAUUUUACAUAUUAG